CAGGAAAACGAAACUCAAAAAUGCCUGGAAACCUCCUGAAAAAUCCACAUGGAGAUGAGAAUUUUAGUAACUGGGAGUUGACGAAGAACGGUGAAAACCCAUGGUGUAUUCAACUGAUGCCAGAUGAUUCAGUGGUUUCAUACUUCUGCACCUCACAUAAGCCGUGUCUAAAAAAACAAGUGAUUGAUCUGGUGCAAAGCGGUUAUGAUGCUGAUUAUUUAGAUUCUGCACCUGAAGUGACUGUGAGGGACUGGUACAGCACUCGAGGUGACUGUGGAGGCGUUUAUAGGCUUACUGUGUCACUGCUCAAUGAAAAACGUGAGGUCAUUGCUACAUUUAAGCCGGCUGAUGUGACUCUGCCCCAGAGUACCCCUUGGACACAGGUGACACACACAUUUACAGUUUAUGGUCCUGGUCUACGCUUCAUCUCUUUUGAACAUGGUGGUCAAGACAGUAAUAGUUGGAAAGGCUGGUAUGGAGUCAGAGUCACUGGAAGUUCUGUCACCAUAUCCCCAAAACCCUAAUAUGUGAUUCAAUAAUGUUACUGAUUGGUCAGCACUUUGAUUUUUGCCAUAAUAUAAAUCAGGGGCGUAGCCAGAAUUUUAUUAUUGGGGGGUCCUGUCCUAAAAUGAGGGGGCAACUCAUAUAUAUAUAUGGCUAUGCCCCUGCUAUGAAGAUAAAUAAAGUAACAUUAAAGAAUCUACAUGGCUAAACCUUGCUUUUUUAAGAUGUAAAUG